UUACUAAUAUAUAAAUUGUAAUUGGUGAAUACGUGAGAGUGUGAAAGAAGAAGAAAGAGAAGACCCUGAAAGUAAGGACAAAACUAAGAGAAGAGUUCAAAGGAAAGGCCUUUCUGAUUCAAGAUGUUAAUGGCGCCGUUUCUACGGAGAGUAUCGGACCGUUGGCCGGUCAUCGCUCAGGCUGCCACGUGGACGGUUCUCCUCAUGUUCACUGUCGCCGUCGCUUCGUUCGCUCCGGAGAUGGCGUUUGUGUCUACGGUGUCGUCUUCGUGCGGAGGAGGAGAUGGGUUCGUGAAGAUCCCUACGGAUUUUGCGGGGGAGAGUGUGUGCGUGCCAUCUAGCAUGGUGAAGAGAUCGCCUUUCGAUUUGUUUGUGCCUUCGAUCUUCGCUGCGGUUAUGGUCACGGCUUCGGCUUGUUUGCUCCGAACCUGUAUUGGCACCGAGGACAAUGCAGAUGAUUUAUAAACAACAGCAACUACCAAAAUUUGUAAAUUAAUCGAUAACUUUUGUAUUCAUUUUCAUAAAACAAAAACAUCUUCACCCAU